AUUGACGUCACCACUGCCCGACUGCUUUUCCCGGAGACCGGAGUAGAAGGCCAGCGAGUUGGUCAUAAUGGCAGGUGAAGAAAUUAAUGAAGACUACCCAGUAGAAAUUCAUGAGUAUUUAUCAACAUUUGAAAAUUCCAUUGGUGCUGUGGAUGAGAUGCUGAAGACCAUGAUGUCUGUUUCUAGAAAUGAGUUGUUGCAGAAGUUGGACCCCCUUGAACAAGCAAAAGUGGAUUUAGUUUCUGCUUACACGUUAAAUUCAAUGUUUUGGGUUUAUUUGGCAACUCAGGGAGUUAAUCCUAAGGAACAUCCAGUAAAGCAGGAAUUGGAAAGAAUCAGAGUAUACAUGAACAGAGUCAAGGAAAUAACAGACAAGAAAAAGGCCGGCAAGCUGGACAGAGGUGCAGCUUCAAGAUUUGUGAAAAAUGCCCUUUGGGAACCAAAACCUAAAAAUGCAUCCAAAGUUGCCAAUAAAGGAAAAAGUAAAAAUUAGCCUUUUAGUUUUGAUGUACACCUAUUGAAAAAGUACAUCAUUUUUAUUGUUUUCCACAAAAUAGAUGAUUAUGUGGCAAUACAAGGUUUAAAUGUAUUCCUUAUUGAAUUCAUAUAUAAAAUUUACAUUUUAAAUUUGUAAUGCUGAAUAUUUUUUCCCCAGAAAGAUUGUUAUCUUUAUUGAUUUUCCUAUAGACCACUAUGAGAUUUUUAACACUGUGGUAUAUUUUAUAUUUAUAGUUUAUCAUCUUUCUUGACAAGACUCUUAUUUCCCUAUACAGGUCAAUCUUUCAAGUACCAUUUUAUAAGCAACUAUGAAAUUUAAGUUAAAUGUUUUUUGUAAACAUUUGUCUAUUUUAAAUGAAUAAUGACUUUAUGAAGUAUGCUAUCUGAAGGCUGAAGUUAUAAAUACAUCUGUUUUCACUAUAUAAUAUUAAGAGAAUGAAAUGACUUAAAUGUCCAUUUUUUUCUAUGUUGUUACUUCAUGUUUUCAUGAUUUUGGGAAUUACUAUUUUCUUUUGAUAUUUGAAGUGUGAAAUUAAGACUUUAAGGUUAUAUUUUUAUUCUUGGCAAUUUGCCUCUAUGUCCCAUUUAAGGUAAAAUAUAUUCUCAUUAACUUCAGAUGGGAAAUGAGGUUGUAUAUUGAUGGCUGAAUUUUGGCAUAAUAGCUAUAUCCUAUCAAUAAAGGCUGUAAAGUUUGUAUAGCUGACUGUUUAUUUUUCUCUUUUGUAUAAAUUUGCCCUUGAAAUUAGGAAGAUAGGUUUUAGAAAUCAUUAGGAAUAAAUUCAUGAGUUUUUGUUCCUUCUGCAUUAUGGCCAUAGUUCUCUUGGUCUCACUUUUUCAGAUUUUUGGAUUACAUGUUUUUGAGGUGAUAUCAAGUACAUACAAGUAUUUUGAAACAACUUCCUAUGUUAUAUAAUGCCACUUAAGGGGAAGAGAAAUCCAGAAGAGAUUAUAUUGUGUUUAUAUCCUGAUUUAUUUUUCUGGAAUAUUUGUCACAGAGAAUUAUAUGUAUUAAAUUUUUUUUAAUGUCUAAGUCCUUGAACUUUAAUUAUAUGCUCUUAAUGCUUUCAGUCUUUGAGUCCACAUCAUUAUGUAUAGGAAUGCCAAGUACAGUAAAGUACUUUAAUUUUUGAAAAAGAAGUUGUUAAAAUUUUCUGUGUGAUUAAUUCUCCAUAAGUAACCUUGAAUAAAUGGAUUUCUUGAUUUAUGGUAUAAGAUAUUGGAAACGGUCUUAAAAUGUAAUGGAUUUUGUAAAGCAUGUUGAACUCUUUCUAUGACACAUGAAGAGGAAGUCACUGAUAGAUGCAGAGUCUUUUGGCUCAGUUGUCAGACAGUUUUUGAAGUGGAAGAACAUUUAUAGUUAUUUCAUUCCUUCUUUCACCUUCAUCCUCUCAAAUUUUGAGCUUUUUUGAAAAGUAACUUCUUCAUGACAGAAAUAAAUGUUCUUAUGACCAAGU